AUGGCGAAGAUGGAGAACAUGGAGGCAGAAUUUAAGUCCUUGGAGACCGAGGUUCGCCAGCUGCUGGCACAGCGUGAAGGCAAGGGGCCAAGCGCGCCAGAAGAGGCGAAGCUCCUUCAAAAAUGUGCCGUGGCAUUGCAUUUUUCACGGCUCGUGAUGACUCUGGCAGUUGGUGGUGGUGAGAGGAAGAAGGGCUUGAGGCACGACCCAAUUGUGACAAUUCGAUUGUGGAUGUGCUGUGUGCCAUGCUCUCCCUGCAAGGCAGCUCUUUUUCAACUCAGGUUUGAAGGGUGCAAGGCACCGCGAGCUCCACGGGCGGCCCAGGUUCUUCUCACCGAAGAGUCUGCUGACACCGUUUUUCAGGAGUCCAAAUCGAGUGACGACUUCGAGACCAACUCCUCAGAAAAAAGGUGUGGGGCCAAUGACCUGGCGGUGAUCCAAGCCCGCUGGGAUCAUGGACCUCGAGUCAGCUGCUGCCCGGUCUCGCGAGCGGACUGCAACGGCUGCUCUUAUUUCAGCGGGGGCUGCAAGGGCCGCCAAGCGGCCUUCGUGAAGCGCCCAGGGGACUCUGGGCAUUCCGCCUGCGCGGAUAUCGCUGGAUGGAUCAGCGAGGAUGGCAAGACCUGCCAGCAGCUGGCAGCAUCCAGCUGCAGUGAGACCCGGUUCCUGGGUUCGAGCAGCAAGGAGGCCUGCUGCAAGUGCGGAGGUGGUAUCCUGACAUCCACUCCGUUCAAGUAUGAGGAUCACGUGUUUACGCUGACUGAAAACGUCAACCUGUGGCCGAAGCCCCGCACGGCAUCUCGCUACGGCCUCACGGAAGACUGCGAGUUUGCGCUCUACGGUCUUACGUUGGACGGUGGAACCGGCCAGGUCAAAUACAUUGAUACUUCGAAGAAGCCUCGUCAGCCUUUCAAGGUGACGUGCAAGGUGACGGCGUUCCAAACCUCCAAGAUUACAUACACGGCUGAUGUGACCGUGGAAUCCAGCGAGCUCACUUUUCGUUCCCCGGUGCUGGUGUUUUCAAAGCAUAAGACAAGCUUCCCAAUGGCCGUGCCGCAUCAUGCGGCGGCGAAGGACAUCAAAGUGAGCUGCGCGCCCCAGACCCCCUGGCUCAAGUUCGAAAGUCAUCGCUUUCAGCUGAAAGCCGGCGCGGAGAAUGGUCUUGUCGACAACGUCAAGGAUACUUACAGCGGUCAGCUGGGAACGGUGUGCCAGAUCUCAGCUAACACGAAACUGCAAGGGGCCACGGAGUGGACAAAGACGUCCAAGAGCGUGGUGAUCGUGAAGCCCAAGGCGGCCUCGGAGCUUCGAUACCGAAGCAAUCGACUGCAAGGCUCCAUCGGGCAAGUGGUUCCACCGCUGCUGCCAGUGGACUUUGCCGAUGGCGUCAUGACGCCCACCAAGUACGACAUGGCUUGCAACAAGGGUGAGUUCAAGUUCGACAUUGUGCAUGGUGUGGGCUACUACGACGGCCACCCUUUGCUGGAGCUUCAGUCCAAUGGGCAGCUGAGCCUCAACGUCGGACCGUCCUUUUCUCGCGUCUUCCUCCCGAAGCGCGGGAACGGACCCGACGCCAUCUUCAUUGAGCUGAAGUGCCGCAUCGUGGGACUUUUCUCAGAUUUCGACUUCGAUCCGAUUGCAACCCAGAUGCGGAUCGUUGUGGUCGACAAUACUUGCUGGCAAAAGGAGACAAUCAAGACACAGGGCGAGAAGAGCAGGAAGGCCAAUGAGGCAGAGUGCCAGUACUCCUGCAGGCGCGAGCCGAGAUGCUCGGCCUACCGCUUUCAUAACAAAGAUUGCCAUUUCUCUCCGCUUGGCGGCACCCAAGCGCAUCACCACUCGGUGUGGACCAAGAUCCCGGAUUGUGACCCAAGCAGCACGUGCGUGAAUGUGAAAGCUCCCAAAUGGCUGCACAGAGGAACCUACUGCCCAGUGGGUUACGACACAGAUCGCAGCGGAAUGGUGUACCUGAAGGAGGGCCAGAGUGCUCGGGAGACGCUCUACUUGCGCAAGUACAAGGGCAGCGCGAAGCUCAUCGAUCCACCUGAGCAUCAUCGUACGUACAGUUCCAUCCACGGCGGCUGGACACCUGGACACGGCUAUGGUCGAUCAAAGCUUUCAAGUCCGCUAUGCUGGGCUGCAAAGCACAAGCGAAAGCAUGAGUACAUGACUAUCGACCUCAAGGAGGUCAUGCUCGUGGCAGGUGUUGCAACGAAAGGCCGCGCGAAUCAUAAUCAGUGGGUCAGGCACUGGAUUGUCCAGACUGGAGAGACCAUUGCGGGCUUGAAGGAGCCAGCAGGUGCCCGAGGAGGUAACAAGGACAGGAACACGCAAGUGAACGUCUUUUUCACCAACCCUGUUCGUGCCCGCUAUGUCCGCUUCGUGGUAACAGACUUCCGUGAUCACCCGUCCAUGCGCGCCGGGGUUUGGAUAGCCCGUGAGAACGAGCCUGGAAUCGAUGAAGACGUGGCUGGCUGCCUGGAUGGCGACUGGUUGAUCCAAGAGAAGCACCCGGAUGACUACAGCAACUUGAAGAAGGGCAUCUUCGAGUUCGUUGGGCCAAAGCUCGGCUGCACAACGACCGGCGUUGGCUACUCGGCACAGCCAUGCGGACAGCCCGCAAACAUUACCGAGGAGGAUGUGGAUAUCCAGCCAAUGAUUCUGGACGACCCAUCCACUUGGGAUGGGGCCGACUACUGGCUUCACCCUUGUGAUUGCGCACCCAAGGCUUGGGGGGAGAAGCCGCCCGUGGAUCCUUUGGUCUACGCCCAGCUUCCGCCCGACACCCCGGACAAUUUCGUGCCCUCGCCUCUGGUCAUUGUGGAGGGUGAGUUCGUGUGUUCGCCUUCCUCUCUCUUGGGGAGCCCGCUCUUCGAGACCGACACGACGUCCAUGGAAGCUGGCGACUGCGAGGUCAAAUGCAAGAACAACGACGAGUGUGAGUUCUUCUGGCACGGCUCGCAACACUCUCAGAGCACUUGCAGGCUCUACAAGCGUUGCGACAACCUGCUUCGGGAACCCGGCGUCGAGGGCAUGCUGAUGGGUCUGCCCAAGACGACCGCUUGCCUGGUGAGCAACCCAGAGGAGUGCUGGACGAAAACGCUGCGACGUAAGGCUCUGACCACAGCAGAUCAGCAAGAGCCAAAAUUAUCGGAAAAGGAUGAUGCAGGAGAGACCUGGCAUUUCUGGUAUUGGAACUUGCACAUCCAAUGCGACUACAUGCUGCUGUUAGGAGGCGUGGGCGUAAGCCACUGUGCUCGCCCCACCCUCCGGGAGAUCGGCAGCCACAAGUGGAAGCACAAAAGGCCGUUGCCUGAGACCUUCGCUCAUGGAUCACAGCUGAAGGCCUCAUGCUGGAGCGAGCGCUAUAGAGGCAUCACGGCCAUGUCCGACGCUGCGCUUGAGACCGUGACAUGCGUGAACGGAAAUUGGUUCAACUCGCACAACUUGCCUGACUGGGGCGACUUCAAGUGCCAUUCCUGCGUGCAGGUUGGCACACAUGGUUUCAUGGAUAUCGAGAAGAAGCGACAGCAGGAGAUGUACUUCUUCAACAGGAUGUCUCUGCAGUUGGCUACCGAGGUGAGCCCUUCGCACUCAGGCGUGGUGAAGUGUUUGGACGUACAGAAGCCAGAACCAGAGGAGCCUGCCACGCUUCCGUCGGCCCUUGCCAGCAAGGCCCAUGCGUGGUACAAGAGCGAGGAUGCAUCAUCGAGAUGGAGACACGAAUGGAAAAGCAGUGUGGGCAACGAACGGAUCAAGCUCGGCGGAGAAACCGGCCGGGUGUAUGUCAUGACGGCCAAGGGCUUCGGCGCCAGAGUCCCUGUGAAAUACCUCAUGGGCAAUGACAAAAGCACCGUGGAGUUUCCGAACGCCCUGAAGGGCAAGUACACGGUCUGCUCUGUGACUCGCUACACCUCGGGGGAGGCAAUGCAGCGCAUCCUCACAGGCGAAAAGACCAAUUUCCUCACCGGGCAGCAUGGCGGGUUCACUGGCGUUGCGCACGCAGACGGCGGCUGGCUGACUGGCCACACCCGAGCAUACAUGAGCACCAAGUGGGUGGUCAUGUGCACAUCGCCGGGCGCGACCUACACCAUGGUGGACGGCCUGAAGGUGGGCACCGGGAAGACCGACCAAUAUACAGAUCAAAGCCUCAUGAUCAACAAGGGCGUACACGGCAGCAAACAGAAGUCGCACUGGGCGGUGAUGGAACUGAUCACCUGGGACUACGUUCUGUCUGAGUCUGAGAUGAGGACUGUGUCGCAGUAUUUGCUGAAGAAGAUGAACGUGGGCAACACAGGAAACUGUCGUGUGAAGCUGUACAACCCUCCGACCAAGACAGUUGGGGGUCGAAUCUCGAGCUCACCCCAAGGUGGUAAAGAGGAUUCGAUGCUACACUCCAGCAAGGGCUGGUGUGCGAAAGAGGGCUCAACUCCGAAGUUGAUAUUCAACUUCAAGGAGGAUACGACAAUCGUCGGCGUCAUCCUCCAAAAUGGUGUCGGAAUAGCCAAGAAUGGUCCCGGCACUGUUUAUUCCUUCCAGUAUGGGUACCGGUUACCUUGGAGCAGAACCCCACGCCAAGAAUGGAGGCCGCUGACUGGACUUUCUGAUGGGACGGAAGACGAAGCUGUGCGGGUUUACUUUGAGAACCCCGUCACGGUCAAAUCCUUGACUCUUAACAACUUCAAGUUCAAGGGCAAGGCGCCGUGCGUCCGCGUUGCGCUGUUGGUGUGCAACCAGAAGCUGGACAACGAGGUGCAGUUGGUGGACAGUGCAAAGUGUCCGACGACCUACACCAGUGAGUCUUGGAGCGAAUCUGAUCCUUCCAACAGGCAUCUUCGCAUUAGCGGGCGGAACGAUUGCCUCAUGCCUCACCAGCUCCAAGAUCCGGAUCACAUGACGGUUGUGUACGACCAGUGUCAGCCCAAAAACGUCCAUCAGAUGAUGCCGGCGUCAUAUAUGGGCUAUAUGUUCACCACCAUUCUCCGCAACGCCCACCUCAACGGCGAGGCAUUGCAACCGGGCCUCAAGGCAGAAUACUUCAGGCACAUGUCCAUUGAAGCGAAGGAUAAUAACUGCAAGUUUCCGGAUGUGAAGUACCUGCAACCCAACAAGGUCGAGACGAUUCCCAAGUUGGACUUCUGGAAAACAACUGCCGAUCUCGGCGACAACUUUGCCGCCAGGUUCUCGGGUUUCCUGAUGAUCGACACGGCAGGAAAGCACAAGUUGCGAUUUUGGGCCGACGACAGUGCCAAGGUGUUCUUCAACGGGAACCAGAUCAUCCAUCUGUCGGGCUGCGGUAGUACCCGCGAAGCGGAGUCCGACUGGAUGGACUUGGAGCGAGGAAACUAUCCCUUCGAGGUCGAGUUCUUCGAGGCCACGUCUCAGGCCACAGCGAGGUUCGAAUGGCGCACGCCGGGCAGCACCCAGUGGAUGAUCAUCCCAGAGACAGCCUAUGCCAACAAGCAAGAUGCCACUGAGUGGACUCAGAGCUCCAUGGCCAAGGGCUGUACUGCAAACACCGCACUGGGAUCUGUGAACCCGGGCAUGUUUCUCAAGGGCGGCGUUUCGAUUGGUGCUGAGAUGGACUGCCGAUUCGUGCCGCUUCUUGCCAAGGAGGAUCCCAUCGAGAUCACAACGAAACGAAGCUUUCAGGACGGCGACAAGUGGCCCGAGUGGUGGGAAGACAUCGAGACCUGGGAGAUGCAGUGCCCACCUGGCAGAGUGUUGCAGACGAUUGACUUCUCCAAAGCAGACCAGAAGCUCCGCCUCAAGUACGUUUGUGCCGUCGCUGCUGGUUUGGGGCAGUGCUACCCGAGCUGGACAGACCAGCAAGAUGCUCGCGAGUUCAAGGACAGUGCCCUCUCGAAAAGCGUGCUACAUCGCCUACCCAUCGUUUGUCCGGGACACGACCUGCUCGCUGGGCUCCACUUCGAGUACUCAAUGGGUGGUCUCUGGGCACGCUUCAAAUACACCUGCUGCAAGGAAUCAGGUGCUCCGGUGGCCACAGUGUCACGGGGUCCUGACUACCACUCCAUGGAUCGCUACGAAGGUUCCUACUGUCCUGAGAAGGUGGGAGCAACGGGCCGCAUCGACUACAAGCAGCAGGCACUGAAGCCAGACACUACCCCAGCGAAGCUGACCUUCAGCGAAGACAGCGGCAAGUGGUGCAUUGACGGCGAGUGCUCUGCAGAGGGGGAUGACUUCGAACCCAUCGGACUGCGCAUCGGCAAGCUGGAAGCCACUGCUGUGACCGACUUCGAUGGAAAGUUCGAGGCCAAGGGCGUCAGCCCCGCCUCGUCUAAGUCACCGCUGGGCGGUUCGGCCCCACAGGCCAGGCCACCGCGUCCACCGAGACGACCCAAGGCGCCGAAGAAGCCCAAGCUGGAGAAGUUCGAGGCGGAGAUGCCAAAGUAUUCCGACAAGUGCGUCGGCUAUGGAGACCUUUGGAAGAAGCUGCAGGAGACGAAACUUGACGUCACUGGGGAAGAGGUUCCGGAGACUGACGAGGUGGAGACCGACGAGGAGGCUGCAGCCGGCUUCAAGGAGGCUCACCCUUGUGACCUCGCUGGUGCGAGAAGCGGAGUUCGGAGCAAGUGGGCGGGAGGCGAUGGCAAGCCGAUCCCAAAUAACAUGGGAUAUAACGAGCUGGAGGGUUGCUUUGACCGAUAUGGAAAGACCUCUCACAAGAUUGCGAAGCAACUGGACCUCGCGGACCUGGUCAUUCAGAAGAUGGACGUCAGCUUUACCCUGGCAUCCACGGUCUGCGGCGCGCUUCCGGACACAAUGGCAGCACCCUUCGGCAUGGGAUUCAGCUUCAAGCCCGGAGCGAUCUGCGACAAAGGGACGGAAGUCGGCCAGGCUGCCCUCGCCUUCGGCAAGGAAGUCGGCGUGCACGACGCUAUCCGGAAGAUGAGGGACGCCUCUCGCGGCAAAGACUGCUCGCCGAGCCAAGCGAACUUCGCACGUAUCUUCUGUGACGUGCACUGCGUGCGGGAUGCUGUUGUUCGAGGGGACCGGACCAUCCUGCGAAACCUGGAAAGAGCCACAGGCAUCACCAACAGAAACAUGGAGAAGUUGGCAGAGUGGGUGGCGAACACGCAGAGAGCGGAUGCGGGCUGGCUUGGAGACAAGAUGGACCACCAAACUGAGGUAAUGAACUUGGCGAAUCAGAAGCAGUUCAACGAGCUGAAGGAUAUGGUAGGCGGAGACAAGAAGCUGCUCUUCUUGAACAUCCAGCAGCAGACCCGCAAGAUCCAAUCAGAGCUGCGAGGCUUUGCCACCGGCGCCUCCUUCAGCCGUGCCGCGACCAUGGCUGCCAACGACGCGCUCGACAAGUUUGCAGAAGAUGGUGCCUCCUCGCUGGAAGAUGCCAACAGCAGCAAACACGUCUUUGCCGCAUUCGACAGCUUGGUGGCUUUGAAGGACAAGCUGCAGAGUGCUUCAGAUCAGCGAGAGAAGGUGGACUACGUGGCAAUGUCGGCAGUCCGCAUGGCUCGUCAGAUGCAAGAGCAGCUGAAGCUGCAACGGCAGACGCUGGGAAUCUACCGCCGGAGGAGCAAUGCCACGCGUGAGAUGGCUCGACAGAGGGGAGCUGCCGUCGCCUCAAUGGCAGCCGAGCGCCACGCAAUGCUUCUGGACUUGGACCGUGUUUGGUGGAAGAUUCGCAAUGUACUGGACGACUACAUGGAAGACGCGGGGGUCGAGAUCGACAGCUACGAGGCCGGGUCACGCGCGCUGUCGCAGUACGAGCAAUGCGCCAUGGACUUCACCAGCCUGCUGUCCAUCUACAAGCAGACCAUGGCGACGACGGAUCGGGCUCACAGGUCCUUGAAGAAGGCUUGGCGACACGUCUCCAACCUGCUUGGCGAGCUUGCUUCGCACCUGGAGGAUGGCGAGGCUUUUAUGACCUUCCUGCAACAAGAAGGCUGCCAGUCUCCAUUAGCCUUCCAGACGCUCGAGCAAGCUCGCGACGCCACAAGUGGUAUGAGGAUGUUGUACCACCGGUUUGCAGUAUCCGGACUACCCACUCCAAGUGUCGAGCUGAUGGGGAGCACGGUCAGCCGAAUCAAGGGCAGCUGGGCUUCUGCGCAGCAGGCCAUCUGCAACAACAAAGGUCAGCUGCCUGACUGGUACAUGCAGCUGGAGUAG